AAAGAACCAUAUCAUUGCCAAGGCAGAUGACUGCUUGCUCAGCUGUUUCCUCCUUCGCUUUCUGUCGUCUUUGUUUCUCCGUACACAAGAAUGCCUUCAUACAGUUAUCUCAGCAAAGAACAAGUCGACCACUUUCUGGAGUACGGCUAUAUCGUUAUCAAGGAUGCUUUCACUAAGGAAAAGGCUGCCGAAUGGACCAAGGGCCUCUGGGUCCGGCUUGGUUUGGAUCCUGACGAUAAAUCGACGUGGGAUCGUGAACGCAUCCACAUGCCUGUUCAUAAAAGAGAGGAAGUGACCACUUUUUCCCCCAAGGUUAUGAACGCCAUGGUGGAUUUGCUAGGAGGUGAAGAUCGUAUCGAUCUAGAAGCAUCUACAUGGGGAGAUGGUUUCAUUAUUAACCUCGGCACUCGCGAUGGUACCCAUAUCGAUCCUCAAGAUCUCGAUAAUUGGCAUGUCGAUGGGGACUUUUUCGUCCACUAUUUUGACUCGCCCGAACAAGCUUUGGUUGUCAUUCCUAUAUUCUCUGACAUUGAAUCCGGCGGCGGAGGAACAAUGAUCUCACCUGAUAGUAUAGGCUGUAUCGCCAGGUAUCUUUGGGAUCAUCCCGAAGGAGUCUUGCCCACAGGUCUGUCAUUCACACCGUCGACAUCGAAGAAGACCAAUGUCAGGGACGACCCUGGCUAUUUCUCUUUCCUCGCGGAGAUCAAGGACUGUUCUCAAUUCGUCGAGUUAACUGGCAAGGUUGGCGAUGUCGCCCUACUCCAUCCCUUCAUGUUACAUUCCGCCUCGAAGAAUCCGUUACGAGUGCCUAGGGUUAUCAUCAAUCCACCAGCAUCGCUGAAGGAACCAUUCAGUUACAGUAGGGUGAUUGCUGACGAUUAUAGUUUGGUUGAGCGAAAGACGCUGAAGGCUCUUGGUGUGGAGUCGGCUGUGUUCACUCCCACGACGGAGAGGCGCCGAGUUGUGCCAAAAAGAAUUGCUUCUCAUGCAAAAGCUUUGGAGGAGGAGAAGCAGCGACUAGUCGACGCCGGACUGGUAUGAAAUGGAGACAGGUCGGCUGUAGUUGAUUGAAUGAUUCUAAUGAGAUACACAAUGUGGAAAAAAAUGUGUCUAUAGCUUGGUAGGAACCUUCACUUGUUCGGCAGGCCCGCGUAUAUU